AUCAGCCCUCACUGCCACGUCUCUCCUGGGGAGCAGCAGCCACCGCUGCGAGGGGAAAAGGGAGCGGGCGAGCGCGGGGAAAGGUGGCGAGAGAAGGAGCGUGGGGCGGGGGCUGGACUAGGUUCUCCCGCCCCCUCCCUCCCCACUGCUCCCCGGGGAGCUGCCGACCCCCGACCCCCUGCAGCUUGGCCCUGCUGGGCAGGUGGCUGCACCUGCCCGUUUGGCCGUGGUGGGUGCUGGCAGGGUGGGUAGGUGCUAGGCGAGUCUCCCCGCGGGGUGGGGAGCCGGAGCCAGGCCACCCGCCUGCCCGUGCCACCUGGGUAAGACGGUGCCUGCUGCUGCCAGGGCUAGGGAGGGACCCCGGGCUCUGCAGCGGCAGCAAAGCAGCAGCUGCUGGUGUUGGGGGAGGGGGCUGGAGUGUGGCUCUUUGUUGCUGCUGUGUGAACGGGACCCUCCUCCUGGCUGAUGUCUGAGCUGCACCACUACCUCCUCCAUCUGCACUUCGAUGUAACAAACCAACGCUGUCUGUAGUCCAGUAUCCUGCCUUUGACAGAUACUAAUGCCAUAUUACAAAGGAGGCUGAAGAAACCCACUGUGCCGCUGGGUAACUGUGUAACCCUAUACUCUUGAGCUGGGAAGGCUUUGGGGUUGUUGUCUGGGUCUCAGGGCAGAGCCUGCUGGAGGCACUGGAAGUGGAUCGGUUCCUUGUCAUGCCCGGUGGAAGGAGGGGACCCAGUCGGCAGCAGCUAAGCCGUUCAGCUUUGCCUUCUCUCCAGACUUUGGUUGGCGGGAGCUGUGGCAACGGCACUGGUCUGAGAAACAGGAAUGGUAGUGCAAUCAGCCUCUCAGCUCCUCCCAUAACGGCCUUGAUCACCCCAGAGCCUGUUCGUCACUGCCGGAUCCCUGACCUGCCACUGGACGGCAGCCUUCUCUUUGAAUUCCUCUUCUUCAUCUACCUGCUAGUGGCCCUCUUUAUUCAGUACAUCAAUAUCUACAAGACUGUCUGGUGGUAUCCCUACAAUCACCCUGCCUCCUGCACCUCUCUGAAUUUUCACCUCAUUGAUUACCACCUGGCGGCAUUCAUCACGGUGAUGCUGGCGCGGAGGCUGGUGUGGGCCCUCAUCUCCGAGUUCAACUUUAGAAGGCCCUAUUGUAGGAAUAACCUAGCACAGGGAUCAUCAGCCUCCAGCACGUGGCCCAUCAAGGCCUUUCAGGUGGGCGCAACAUCAGUGAUUCACUACAUGGCACUGAUUAUGGCGUGCCUGGUGUUUAUGCUGUGCAGUUUGGUACUUUGCUGGACUCUGGUCAAUCUGUUCUGCAGCCAUUCUGUGCUCAACCUCCUCUUCUUGGGCUACCCGUUCGGUGUCUACGUUCCCCUGUGCUGCUUCCACCAAGACAGCAGAGCGCAGCCCCUCCCAACCGACUGCAGCUACCUGGUGCAGGAUCAGAUGGUGGAUGACGGGACGUUGGGCAUUGGCAGCCUGGUGAAACCCAAAGACUUCUUCUCCCUCCUGUGGGAGUGCCUGAAAGAACAGUUCAAUAAUCCUACGACCAUCCCAACCCACAGUUGCCCACUCUCCCCAGACCUCAUCCGCAAUGAGGUGGAGUGCCUAAAAGCGGACUUCAACCGCAGGAUGAAGGAGGUUCUCUUCAACUCCCUCUUCAGUGCCUACUACGUGGCCUUCCUGCCACUGUGCUUCGUGAAGAGCACCCAGUACUACGACAUGCGCUGGUCCUGCGAGCACCUCAUCAUGGUGUGGAUCAACGCCUUCGUUAUGCUCACCACGCAGCUGCUGCCCCCCAAGUACUGCGAUGUGCUGCACAGAUCGGCCGCCCACCUGGGCAAGUGGCAGAAGCUAGAACAUGGCUCCUACAGCAACGCCCCACAGCACAUCUGGUCAGAAAGUACGAUCUGGCCACAGGGCGUGCUGGUGCGACACAGUCGAUGCCUGUACAAGGCAGUAGGGCCUUACAAUGUAGCAGUGCCUUCAGAUGUCUCCCACGCCCGCUUUUAUUUCCUCUUUCACCGUCCAUUACGGCUGCUCAACCUGCUUAUCCUCAUCGAAGGCUGUGUCGUCUGCUACCAGCUGUACUCCCUGCUGCGCUCUGAGAAGUGGAACCACACCCUCUCCAUGGCCCUCAUCCUCUUCUGCAACUACUAUGUCUUAUUUAAGCUCCUUCGGGACCGGAUAGUAUUGGGCAGGGCCUACUCUUACCCGCUCAACAGCUAUGGACUCAAGGCACAUUAACCUGCCAAACGCUCCAAGGGGUGGGGGUGGGAGAGAAUGUCAGAAAAACUAUUUUCGUACAGUUCUAUUUUUUCUUAUGCUGUUUAUAAAUAUUUAAGAUAUUUUAUAUUUUGUAUACUAUUGUUUUGUGGGGCGGGAAGGGGGCAAGUGGCAAUUAAAUGUCGCUUUAUAAACAAGGUGUUAUUUUAUAUAUAUAUCUAUAAAAUCAGUGUGUAUAUACCGUAUAUCUAUAUCCAUACAUACAGUUAUGUGAAGCAA